AUGUUUAGGUUCCAAAUCAUUCGCAUGCUUCUCAUUAAGGCGAACUCAUAUAUCAUGUUAUUCGUCAACAUUUCCUGCAAGGCCCUAAAAGAUCAAGGUGAUGCAAAGUCACUCAAGUUUCGUGGGAUGAUCCAUACAGAUAGUGUUGGGGCCUCGAUAUUGAAACAAAAUAAGGAAACCAGCAAAGGCGGCACAAAAAACAUCAGUAAACGUUUGCAAACAGAUAAUAACGAGUUUCAAUACAUCGAUAAGUUGAACAACGAAGAGCAUCAACGUACCACCAACAAGUGCGUAUUUAUAGAUCCUGAUAGAAGGGAUAUGUUAAUUUGCAUGGGCGAGAAAUGCGAAUCAAGACAUGAUGGCUUCAUAUAUCGAUACACCAGUAAUCAAAGGGCUAAGGAGAUAAAUUCAAGGAAAUUUAGAAAAUUUCAUCAGCAAAACAAGCCCAAGAUAGUCAGUGAUUUGGAGAAGUCCUUGACUACGCAUUCCACUUCGACAGUUGAUUUCCAGAAGUACUCUAGAUAUUUAGAAGCAAGACGGGAUGCAAGUGAUCUACUUUCAAACUAUUAUCGAUGUGAUUAUCUUGGAUCACUUCCUUUCAGGAAAAUAAAGCUUCCUUCUUAUAUCAAUAGGAAACAAUCAGAUGCCCGUCUGGCAAAGACGUUAAAGCGAAAAUUUGGUGAAGACUGUGUACUUGUUUUUGGCAACUGGUCCGCCAGUAAUACAAAAUAUCACGAACCUAUCAGAGGUGUUGGUAUGAGGAGGAUGUUGAAGAAAGAAGGGCUACAAUUAUACUUGUUUGACGAAUACAAGACGUCGUCGUUCUGCCCCAAAUGUAAAAAUGGGAAGUUGAAAAAAUUUCCUUAUGUCAAGAACCUUCGACCGUAUAUACGAGGCAAGCAUCCAGUAGUUGAGUGCCACGGCCUGUUACGAUGUACAAAUCAAAAAUGUUUAGUGCCUUCUCGACUCUGGAACAGAGACUUGGCUACCGUUUUGAAUUUUAGAGAUAUUGUGUUAAGCCACAGGCAAGUCCUUGGUCGCCUCUCUAGAUUCAAAAGGGAAACAUCAAAACGUGCUUCAACAAGCACCGCCAUCUCCACUUCCAAAAAAAUCUGCUCUAUGCCUUCCGACGACGUUUCUUCUGAGGGAGGAAAUACUAAUAGAGUAAACGUAUGA